AUGUGCAGCAACUAUUACGGGAACUCCUGUGGAGGCUGUGGCUGCGGCUCUGGCUAUGGAUACAGCUCUGGCUAUGGAUAUGGCUCUGGCUGUGGAUAUGGCUGUGGCUAUGGCUCUAGAUAUGGAUAUGGCUGUGGCUGUGGCUAUGGCUGUGGCUCUGGCUAUGGAUAUGGCUGUGGCUAUGGCUCUAGAUAUGGAUAUGGCUCUGGCUGUGGAUAUGGCUGUGGUUCUCGCUAUGGCUGUGGAUACACUUCUGGCUGCUGUGGCUGCCUCCCAUUUUGUUACAGAAGAUGCUAUUCCUCUUGCUGCUAA